AUGACCACCAGCACCUUCCGCUAUGUGGACCCGGCAACUCUGAGCGGUACCGGCAGCAAGCCCUGGGCUAAGGUCGACACAGACGUGACCUCCUUCAGCCGGCUCGAGCGGCGGCGCUCCGUCGUCAAUAUCCGCGACUCGGCGGAAGAAUUCGGCACCGACGUUUCCGGUUUCGCCGUGUACAACUCACCCGCCAAGGAGAAAGACUUCACCGACGACGAGGCGGUGCGCAGUGGCUACUAUGCCGAAGUAGAGGCCCUGUUGAGAGAGAAGCUGCCCGGCGUGAAGAAAGUCGUCAUUUUCGACCACACGAUUCGGAGGAGGGAGAAGAGCAGCCCCAGACAGCCGGUGCAGCAGGUGCACGUUGACCAGACGCCCGGCGCGGCUGAGGCGCGUGUGAGGAGGCAUGUUCCCGGCAGCGAGGCGGAUGAGUUGAUCAAGGGACGGUACCAGAUUAUCAACGUCUGGAGACCCAUCGGACACCCGGCGAGUGACUUCCCGCUGGCGGUGAUUGACUGGCGGACGACGGAGCCCAAGGACCUCAUUGCCGUGGAUCUGCUGUACCCCAGACGAACGGACACGGACGACGAUGAUCGGGGCAAGGAGGUGCUUCCGGAUCCGUCUUUGGCAAAGUCGACGGAUAAUUACGAUGUCAAGGGCGAGACCUACUCUGUUGCACCGAGUGACAAGCAUACGCUGUAUUACGCCAAGGACAUGACCCCUGACGAAGCCAUGUUUAUCAAGUGCUUCGACUCGAGGAGCCAAGGACAGCCUGGUGGCACGCCGGGACGGGCUGAUUACACGCCUCAUACUGCAUUUAUCGACCCCAACACCCCCGCAGACGCGAAGGGAAGACAAAGCAUUGAGGUUAGAUGCUUGGUAUUUUAUGAGUAG